GUCAUGCUACACGCGGCCGAAAAAAUGUAUCAUUUUAUUGUAAAAUAAUAAAAAUUCUUCUUAAAUUUAAAUCGAUAUUUUACGUUUUCGGUACCUUAUUUCUUCUAGAUAUUACUAUUUCCUUUUUUAUUUUAAAGUACAUGUGAGAAUACUUGAUACUUUAAAAAAUCCAGUAUUCACAGAUUGAAGUGCGAGGUGUAGUCGAAAGAUGAAAUAUCAUCAAAUAAGUGCUUUCCUUUUAAAUGAAAUAUUAAUUACUUUUGCGGAUAUUGUAUUCUAUUCACUGUUACGCUGAUUUUUUUGGAAACCUACCAUGGCGUCUCAUUUAAUAGGACUUAACCUGAUAGGUCUUUUAUUUUGCGCAUUUGGAGGUUAUAACUCGGAGCGCACAACCAGCAAAUCCCUGACCUCGGUUUCACACGUGCAAACGACCAGCAAAACCGUUGUUACGGUUCCACAAGAGCACACGACUGGCAAAACCACCGCUAACUCCACGAACGUCACACACGCUAUGUACUUUGGUAUUUCGGAAAACUUCUCUCCUCCGGUCGAAAGCACAAUGAUCGAACGCGAGGAUUUCGAAAAAACAGUUCAAUCAUCAUCUUACAUCGAUAAAACCUGGUUCAUACGAAAUGCACUUGACCUACCAAAGUAUUCCGCCAUCACAGGCCCUAGGGGUUUCUCAAAAACCACUAAUCUGAACAUGCUGAAAUCCUUCUUCGAGCACGAACUAGACGCAACUCACAGCGCGAAGGAUCCAAAACUCUCAAAAAAGCUCCAAACUUUCAAAGACAAAAAAAUCUUCACCGACGAGAAAUUCUUCUGGCAGCAUUUUGCCAAAUACCCCAUCAUCCACAUCGAUCAAAGCGAGGUCGUGAAAGCGAAAAACUUCGAUAAUUUUUUAAAAAGUUUCGUCGAGCAUUGCAUAGAUCCGCUGGUGGUGAAAUUCGGUUAUCUACUGAACAGCACCGAUGUUAGAUCGAUCAGUAAAACCGAACGGUCGAGAUUCGUGAAAGGCUAUAAUUGGACCAAAGAGGAGCUUCAAGAAUUCGGUGCAGACCUAGCUGGCCUCUUGUUCCAGCACCAUGGUACGAAACCGAUACUCCUCAUAGACGAGUAUGACUCCCCCUUCGUGUCGGCACUUCUGGACACGGGUGUCCCAGAAAUAGACACCGAGGCAAUUUUGCAAUUCCUAGGCUCAUUCUUGGCCGAAAUGAUCAAACACAAUCACGAUACAUUCCGCGCUAUACUGACUGGUUGCGUGAAUCUCAAACUAGAACAAAUUUCAAAUCUCAAAUACCUGACGAUCUUUGAAUCGAAAGAGCUGUAUUCGGCGUACGGUUUCCAGGAAACCGAUAUCGACGAAUUGCAAAACCGGUUCGCCGUCGCUCCAUCCGAGAUGGACAUUUUGAGGUUGUAUUAUCGAGGAUACAACGUGUUCGAAAAUUUGAAGGACACAUUUGGGACGAUUCGAGCGUCUAAUUCUUCGGAUUCGAAGAUCUACAAUACUCAGUCAGUUCUUCAUUCACUGCGUAGGAGAGCGGUGGACCGGUGUUGGGCCAGCGGAAGUCUCAUACAGAAGUUUCGACCGCUUCUAGGGGUUGAAAAAUGGGGACUAGGUUUGGAGGAGUGCAUACUAAGAUACUGCCAAAUCGAUGUAAAAGGUCCCAUGAAGAAGGUUGAUUUACUGCGCCUCAAGAAAUCUUUACUUUCCCCUGAAACUUCAAAAGACCCACUUCUAUUCCAGUUGUUGUUGGAAACCGGUUAUUUUACGAUCGAAGAGAAGCACGGUGUUACCUACACUAUCUCCUCCCCGAAUUUCGAGGUCCAGACAGUCGCCAUGGACGAGUUCUACACUAGUGAUUACCUGCAUUCACGGUACCAGUACACUACCGAGAAUGAAAGGAACUUUGUGACGUCAUUGGAUCAGUUAAACGCCAACGCGUCGACACUACAUACUCUCGUGCGGACGGUGCAAACCCUAUUCCGAGAUUUGGCGCCAGUUGGUGAACUUUUCCUGCAAGCUGCCUUAUUAUACCCUCAUACCCUCUGCUGAGCAGUGAGGAAUUCGUGAUGUCUCGCAUAGAGAGAUACUCGGAUCCGAUAUCCAAGUAUGCCAUUUUUGCUCGACGAAAGGGCGAUUCGGCGGGAAUUUCGUUUCAUUUACAGACAGGUCCGGAGUGCUUGGACAGUCUCAAUUGGGAUAUGAGAGGCACUCUCUCGUAUGUAUUCAAGGAGUUUCGAGGCUUGAAGGAUAAAGUUGAUCUACGGCUGGUUGUGAGGGCGGAAAAUGAGGUCUACGGUUUUUAUAAUUACACCGUUUUUAAAGGGGAGUCAACUUGUGAGCUUUGGCCACCGCUGAAAAAUAUAUCGCGUGUGGCCAGUGGCACUCGAUCGAGUACCAAUUCGCCGAGGGCCAAUGCGUCGAGGGCCAAGUCGUCGAGAGCCAAGGCAUCGAGGACAAG